AUGCCAACGAUACUGGGGCGUGGUUGGCUUGUCAUCACCAUCACCACCAUCAUCGUCAUUAUCAUCAUCAUCGUCACCAUCAUCAUUAUCAUCAUCGCCAUCAUCGCCAAACUGGCGCCCGGCGAAAAGACCAAGGAGGAACUGGAGGCCGAGAUCAAGAAAAUCAUGGACGAGCUCGCUUCCGAGCGCGAAGAGAGAAACUACUUUCAGCUGGAAAGGGAUAAAAUCAGUCAGUUCUGGGAGAUCUCCAAGAAUGAGCUGACCGAGUCCAAGAACGAGCUGCUGAACAAGGACAGGGAGCUGGAAGAGUUGGAAGAAAAGCACCAAGUCGAAAUCAAGGUCUACAAGCAAAAAAUCAAGCAUUUGCUGUACGAGUAUCAGAACAAUGUAGCGCAUCUGCAGGUCGACUCUGAGCGAGCGCUGCAGGUGGAGCAGGAGGAGCACAUUGCCCGCGAGCAGCAGCUCAAGCGCGACAAGCGUAGUCUCAAGCUCGAGCUCAAGGAGUUUGAGCUCUCGCACGAGGACAUCAUCAAAAAUCUCAAGAACAAACACGACCAGGAGAUCACCAAGCUGCGAGCGGACUACGAGCAGCGGGCGCGCGAGCUCCAUGCAAAGUACGAGAAGCAGAUGAAGGUCAUCCGCGAGGAUCUCGACACCAAGCGCAAAAACGAGAUCCACGAGAUCGAGGAGCGCAAGAAUGGCCAAAUCAACGCUCUCAUGAAGAACCACGACAAGGGCUUUACCGAGAUCAAAAACUACUACAACGACAUCACGCUGAACAACCUGGCCCUUAUCAACUCGCUCAAGGAACAAGUCGAGGAGAUGAAGAAGAAGGAAGAGCGGAAUGAAAAGUUGAUGGCCGAUAUCACUUCCGAGAACAAGCGUUUGUCGGAGCCUCUGCAGAUCGCCCUGGCAGAGUGUGACCAGCUCAAGCGAGAACUGGCCCACUACGAGAAGGACAAGAUGUCGCUACAGAACAGCAAGGCGCGACUCAAGGUCCUCGAGGAAAAGCACAAGCAGCUGCUGUGGGAGCACGAGGUGCUGGAGCAGCGGUUUGCCCAGGUGCAAAAAGAGCGGGACGAGCUGUACGAGAACUUUGUCGACCGCAUCAUUAGCGUGCAGCAAAAGACUGGCUUCAAGAACCUGAUCCUCGAGAAGAAGGUCGAUAGUCUGAAGGAUAAUCUCGAGAAAAAGGAGCUUCAGCUCAACGAGAUUCUCAAGGCCACCAAUCUGGAUCCGAUCACCCUGAACAACCUCACGAAGCGGCUGGAGGAGGUCCUGGAGAAUAAGAACCAGCUCAUCAAAGAGCUGCAAUAUGAUCUGUCCAAGGUCACCAAGGCAAGUGUCCAGGGCUUUGACAGGAGCGGCCCGUUCCUUGUUGGACACGGCAACUCCUGGAUAUCACGAGGCUGUGUCUUGUCCAUCCCGCUGACGUUUCCAUCUCUGCAACAUUGCUGCAUGGUUCGGGGACUGCACCAGGCUCACAACGACAUGAUUCGCGUCUACGAGGCAAAGCUGACCGAGUUCACGAUCCCGCUGGAGGAGCUGGGAUUCAAGCCACUCGUGAUCGGCGCCAAGACAACGACCAACCCAGCGGGCCUGGUUGCCGCUCCUCCGACGUAG